UUUCCCAUGACAGCCCACGGAACUGGCGCUCAGUCAGGUCUGAGGAAUGCACGGAGAAAGAGUGAAUGUUAGCAGGAGCGGGCAAAUCGAACUGAGCGGCCACUGAAGGAUGGCACCCAGCUCUGCCGAAAGGCUGGCAAGCUGAGGGGCUCGGAUCGAAAGCAGGGCAUCGUGCAGGAAGCACAGAAGUCAGGCUGUUCUGGAAUAUCGCUGGAGAAACUUCGAACCAGAUUUUAAGAAGCGCAUCAAUGUGAUGAACCAUGGCAGCAAAGAGCUUACGACUUGUAGCCCUUUUGGUGGUGGUUGGCCUUUCUGAAGUGAACUUGGAGAAACCACACUCCUUGCCUCUCCAAUUCACCCAUCAUGUUUACAACACUACCAUCUAUGAAAACUCCUCCCCCAAGACCUAUGUGGAAAGCAGCAUAAAAAUGGGCGUUCAGAUUACAGAGGCUGUCAGGGACAUUAGAUAUAAAAUAGUUUCUGGGGACAAUGCAAAUAUUUUCAAAGCUGAAGAAUAUGUCGUGGGUGAUUUCUGCUUUUUACGCAUAAGAACCAGAAGCUCCAAUAUGGCUGUUUUAAACAGAGAAGUGAAAGAUCAUUAUAUACUGACAGUCCAGGCAUCUGCAAAAACAUUCCACCAUGAAGUCUGGACUAAGGUGAUGAUCCGAAUCCUUGACAGAAAUGACUUGCGUCCUCUUUUCUCACCACUAUCGUAUGUUGUCUCCAUACCAGAGGAUACCCCAUUGAGAUCAAGUAUUGCCAGAGUCACAGCAACAGAUGCUGAUGUCGGAAGUAAUGCAGAGUUUUAUUAUGCCUUCAAAGACAGGACUGAUGUCUUUGCUGUUCAUCCCACCAGUGGAAUUGUCACACUGGCAAGUCGCCUAAAUUACACAACUCUGAAGCAAUAUAACCUAGAAAUCUUGGCAGUGGACCGCAUGAUGAAGCUGCAUGGAAACAGUGGAAUUGGUAGUGUGGCAAGGUUAACCGUCAGUGUAGAGCAGGUUGGUCCAAGGGUACCAGGUAUUCUCUCUGUACGUCUGAUUCCUCCUGGAUCUGACCACCGUGCCACAUAUGCUAUUAUCACCGCAGAAGAAGGAGUUGAAACAGUGGAUAUUGUGGAUGGGGAUUCAACCCGUCAUUUCCGAGUAGUUCCAUUCUACCAUGGCAGUCAGGAGUUCAAGCUAAUUUAUAACAAUGAGGCCAAUUGGGCAAGCAAUUCCCAUGGUUAUAAUUUGUCUCUGCAAGCGAGAGAUAAAAGCAACCCAAUUAACUAUUCACCAAUAAAAGUCAUUCAUGUACCACCAAAACAGCCAGAAGAAUUAACAUUUGAGAAGGACCUCUAUGAGGUUAACUUAUGUGAGUUUGCACCAACAAAUAGCCCGGUUGUGAUGGUUAAAGCUCAUCCUAAACUUCCAAAUCAGGCAUAUCAUUUGGAACGCAGUCAUGACAGUACUAAGUUUAGGAUAAAUCCUCGAACUGGCCUCAUUACCACUGCUGGGCCAAUGAAUUUCUUGGAACAGUCCCAUUUUGAAUUGAAAGUGAAGACCAGUGUUGGUCAGAUCUCAACAAGAGUUUUUAUUGAUCUCAUAGACUCCAAUAAUAAUGUUCCAGAGUUUAUAGCAUCUUCAUACCAGGGGAGUAUUGAUGAAAAUGUCCCAAUUGGAACAAGUAUCUUAACAGUCAAUGCAACUGACAAAGACCAGGGUGAAAAUGGCUAUGUGACAUACAGCAUUGCCAAUGUGGCCCCUGUUCCAUUCAACAUUCAUCCUUUUACUGGGACCAUUGUGACAUCUGAGGACCUGGAUUAUGAACUUAUGCAGCGAGUCUACCAUCUACGAGUUUGGGCCUCUGAUUGGGGUUCACCGUAUGACUAUGAAAUGGAAGUCCCUGUCACAAUUUACUUGAAGAACCUGAAUGACAAUGAGCCACUAUUUGAGAAGAACAAUUGCCAGGGUAACAUUUCAACAAAUCUCCCUGUUGGACACCUCAUAACCACAGUCUCAGCAGUCGACGCAGAUGAACUGCAAGGGAUUAAAUACCAACUGUUGUCUGGUAAUGAACUGGACUUCUUUGAUCUCAAUCCAGUCUCUGGAGCACUGAUGUUGAAGCAUCCCUUCUCUUACAGUCCAGGCAGUGUGAUGUCCUUUAAUCUUAAAAUCACAGCCACAGAUGGGGAGAACUAUGCUUCUGCUAUGGAUGUUAACCUCACAAUUACAGAUAAUGCAAAAAUGGUCAGCAUGCAUUGCAAAGACACUGGAGCAAUUAAACUGCUAGCAGAGACCCUCCUACUCUCUGUUAAACCACAUCAUCAACCACAUGAAGAUGAUUCAUUCUCUUAUGUCCACAUUGUCAAUGCCCAUACUCCACAAUUUGAUGUCAAUUUUCCAAACUCCAUUGAUGUAAGAGAGGACAUCCCAGUUUAUUCAACCAUCUUGAACAUUCAUGCUACGGACCCUGACUCCGGUUUCAAUGGCAAACUACUCUAUGUGAUCACAGAUGGGAAUGAUGAUAGCUGCUUCAUUGCUGACAUGGAGACUGGGGAGCUGAAGGUUGUAUUACCCUUAGAUUAUGAAACAACAAAUCUUUAUACUUUAAACAUUACAAUAUAUGAUCUCGGAAGGCCCCAGAAAUCCUCUUGGAGGCUAUUGACGGUGCAUGUGCUAGAUGCAAAUGAUAAUAAACCAGUAUUUUUACAGGAUAGUUAUUCGGCAAUAGUUCCUGAAAACAUAGAAAUUGGAAGGAUUGUAACCCAACUGAAGGCGAAAGAUAAUGAUCAAGGAGACAAUGGAGAAAUAGAAUACUCACUCCUGACUGAUACCAAAACCUUUUCCAUCGACAAAACUUCAGGUACUAUGUAUGUCACUGGUGAAUUAGAUCGGGAACAUCAUCCAGUAUAUGUUUUAAAAAUUGAAGCCAGAGAUCAGCCUCGUUUGGAACCCCAGCUAUUCUCAACCACUGAGCUGACAAUCGUCUUGAAAGAUGUCAAUGAUAAUCCACCGAAGUUUGUCCCAUCAUUCUACAGGGUGAGAGUUCCCGAAGAUAUUCCAGUGGGGACUGUCAUAGUAUGGUUAGAGGCUUUUGAUCCAGAUCUAGGAGAUGGAGGUGAUGUGCACUAUAGCCUGUUAACUAGAGAGAAUACUUUCAGAAUUGACAAACGAGUGGGAGCAAUCCGCAUCAAUAAGCAACUAGACUUUGAAAGUAAGCCUUUCUAUAAUCUCACUGCUCAUGCUGCCGAUGAUGGAAAACCAUACUCUCUGAGCUGCACGUGCUAUGUGGAAAUUGAAGUGACUGACGUCAAUGAAAACCUUCAUCGACCGCACUUCUCUUCCAUUGCAUUCAAAGAUGCUGUCAGUGAAGGAGUGCAUGUGGGGACCUCAGUGAUGAGACUCACUGCGCAGGAUGAAGAUAAAGGGAAGGAUGGUGAGAUUCGAUACAGGAUCAAGGGCGGAACAGGUCUUGGAGUUUUCACGAUUAAUGAAGAAACAGGUGUAAUAAGGACAGCAGAGCCCCUUGACCGUGAAAGAUACCCCCACUACUGGCUGACAGUUCUUGCCACGGAUUUAGGGGUUAUUCCACUGGUAACUUCAACAGAGGUCUUCAUCAAGAUUAUGGACAUUAACGAUAAUCCUCCUCAGACUACAGCGCCCGUUUACUAUGCCUCAGUCAUGGAAAACUCCCCUAUGGAUAAGUCUGUUCUUCGAAUUGAGGCUGAUGACCCUGACUCUAGCUCACAGGGCCAGCUGACCUUCAGGAUCAGUAGUGAAAACCCAAGAGGAUUCUUUGCUAUUGACCCAAAGACAGGUCUCAUCACCACCACAGCUCGUAAACUGGACCGUGAAAAAAAAGAUGAGCACAACCUAGAGGUGACUGUGAGUGACAAUGGCAUUCCUCCAAAACAGUCCACAGCAAAAGUGGUGGUGGAAAUUAUGGAUGAAAAUGACAAUGCUCCCAGGUUCCCAGAGGUCCUGUACAAUGUUAGACUGCUGGAACGCAACAGCUCCACCAAGCCAGAACCCAUCUACAAGGUGAUUGCUUCUGACCAAGAUGUAGGUGCAAAUGCAGAUGUCACCUACAGCAUUGAAGGCAGCUCUGAAGAGAAAUUCAGCAUUAAUCCAAAAUCUGGGAUGGUGUCAUCCACGUGGGCAUUCUCUCCAGGGGACUAUGACAUCCUGACAAUCCGUGCCUCUGAUAAUGGGACUCCCCAGAAAUCAGCGACAGUUCGUUUACACAUUGAAUGGAUUCAGAAACCUUUGCCAUCUAUCGAACCUUUGGUAUUUGAUGAGCCUCAUUUCAACUUUGCUGUCAUGGAGACAGACCCUGUGAAUCAUAUGGUUGGGGUGACCAGCACAGAACUCACAAAGAGCCAGUUGUGGUUCGAUAUUAUCGGUGGGGAUGAUGAGGAGGAGUUUGAAAUCGAGAAGAAUAGCGGCACCAUCACCAUUGCCAAACCAUUAAAUGCCAGCCAGACAUCGAGUUACAACUUGACAGUGCAAAUGACCAAUGGAACAGAUUCCGUCACAACUCAGGCGUAUGUCAAGGUGAUUGACAUCAACGAACACCGGCCACAAUUUUUAGAGAGUAAAUAUGACGUAUGGAUUCCUGAAGACACACCUCGCAUGACUGAAAUUCUGCAGAUCAGUGCCCAAGACACGGAUGGAAGUAACAAGCUGAUUUAUACCAUCCAGAGCAGUGUUGAUGCUGAGACCCUAAAGCUGUUUUACCUGGACCCUGCCAGUGGAGUGCUACUGACUGCUGAUGAACUAGAUUAUGAAGCAAUCCAGCUGCACACUCUUACUAUUAUGGUGCGAGACCAGGAAGUUCCAGUUAAGCGGAACUUUGUUCGAGUCAAUAUUAAUGUGGAGGAUUCCAAUGACCAUCCACCCAGGUUUACCAGCCCUGCUUACCAAGGCAGUAUAAUAGAAAAUGCACCAUUUGGAUCUGAAGUUCUGCAAGUAACCGCUUUGGACAAGGACACAGGAAUGAAUGCAGAAGUCAUGUAUUCCAUUCAAUCAGGCAACAGUGGCAAUGUGUUUGAUAUUGAUCCUGCUUCAGGCAAGAUAACUGUGGCUAAGAAGCUGGACCAAACUGUUAAAGGAUCCUACAGCUUGACAGUGAAAGCCAAGGAUCAAGGCUAUCCUCAACUCAGUACACUUGUCAGUGUUGAUAUUACCAUCAUUGUUUCUGAUAAUUCACCUCCAAAGUUUCUGAUGAAGGAGUAUUUUGCAGAAAUCAGUGAAGCAACUGACAUUGGAUCAUCAGUUGUUAUGGUAUCUGCAACCAGCCAAUCAGCAGUCACUUACGAAAUUAAGGAUGGAAACAUAGAUGGCACAUUUCAUAUCAACUCAUUUUCGGGUGUAAUUUCAGUUCAUAAGAAGCUGGAUUUUGAAAAAAUUUCAGCUUAUAAACUAAGGAUUCAGGGUACCAAUAUGGCUGGACGGUACAGCAACACCCUGGUAUUAAUAGACAUUUUGGAUGAAAACGACAAUGCUCCUGUCUUUGUUCAGUCUCAAUACAUUGGUAGAAUCAUUGAGAAUUCUCCAGUAAAUAGCCUUGUGUUGGAUGACAGAAAUGCACCUCUCAUAAUCCAAGUCACCGAUCGAGACAAAGAUAUCAAUGGUAUGGUGGUGUAUCAGAUCAUGGAACCUGAUAUAUUGAAGUACUUCACUAUUGAUCCCAAUAUGGGAACACUUAGCACAGCUGCUGUCAUUGACCAUGAAGUGAACUCUAUCUUUCAUCUCACAGUGCAGGUACAUGAUCGUGGGCAUCCAAGUCUAUUUGCAAAGGAAGUAGCACGUAUCACUAUCAUGGUAACGGAUAUUAAUGACUGCCCGCCAAGGUUUGAGAAAGACUUGUAUGAAUCCACUUUGCUGACUCCUGCUCACAACGGAACCGCUGUUCUCACUGUUAAAGCAGCAGAUGCAGACUCUAAUGGCUUCUCAAAGAUUAUGUACAGUAUAGUGGAUGGGAAUAAUGAGGAGGCAUUCACUAUCGAUUCGCUGACUGGUUUAAUUUCUGUCAAGGACACGGCCAGUCUCAAGGGCCAUUUUGAAUUGACAGUUAGAGCAUCUGAUGGUACAUAUAAAAGCACCACUGUGGUAAAGAUAAAAGUAUCCAAUAUACAGGAAAGUGGCCUAACAUUUGCUCAGAGCUUAUAUUCAUUCUCAAUGUUAGAAAACACGACUCUGGCUGAAACCUUAGGUGUUGUGAAAGCCUCUGGCAAUCAGUUGAAUGAACCCAUCUUUUAUUACAUAUUAAAUCCAGAUGAAAAGUUCAGGAUAAUCUACACAUCAGGUGCUUUUCAAACAACUGGAGUGGUGUGUGACCGCGAGGAACAGGAAGAAUAUGAGUUUGUUGUUGAGGCCCGUGAUAUGCGUGACCCUCCCAGGGUUGCCCAUACCUUGGUUAAAGUCUUUGUGGAGGAUAUGAAUGACAAUGCACCAGAAUUUGUCCACUUGCCUUAUCUAACUACUGUCCAAGAUGAUGCAGAACCAGGUGAUGUUAUAUUCCAAGUCACUGCUGUUGAUAAAGAUACUGGAGACAAUGCAGUCAUCCAUUACAACCUUCUGGAUCACCAUAGGUACUUCUGGAUUGAUCCCUAUCUUGGAGAUAUUUCACUCAGUGAGCACCUUGACUCCGAAGCUGCAGAUAAGUAUAUAUUGAAUGUUAUAGCUCAAGAUAGAGGGGAUCCUCCACUUUAUGCACAGGCUGAAGUGGUUGUUACUGUAAGAGAUAAAAUCACCCCUAUGUUUGAGAAAGCCUACUACAAGGUCAAUGUACCUGAAAAUAUUUCUCCCCACACUCCAGUUUUUCAUGUGCAUGCCUACAACCCUUCAGGAUUCCGUGUGAUCUACAACAUUGUAACUGAGAGUGCAUUGCACUUAUUCGCUAUUGAGUUCAAGGCUGGAGUACUGAGUGUAAUUGAUUCCUUAGAUUAUGAAAGCCAGACAAAGCACGUGCUGACAGUGAGAGCCACAGAUUCAGUAACUGGAUCUCAUGCAGAGGCUCUCAUUGAGAUUGAAGUUGAAGAUGUCAAUGACAACCCUCCUGUGUUUACAAAAACAGUCUACAGUGCAACAAUAUCAGAGGCCUCGGCCAUUGGUACUUCUGUGGUGAGAGUGAGUGCCACUGAUGCUGAUUCUGGAAGAAAUCAAGUUAUUAGCUACCAGUUUGCAGCUGUUACCAAUGGCUCAGAAUACUUCCAUAUUGACACCUCUAAUGGUCUUGUAACAACAACACGUAAACUUGACUAUGAACAGAUCCAGCAUUACACUCUUACAGUUAGGGCAAUGGAUAAUGGUAUUCCUCCAUUAAGCAGUGAUGUCCUUCUGAAUGUAAACAUUUCAGAUUUUAAUGAUAAUCCGCCUAUAUUUCAACAGAACCAGUAUGAGACGACUAUAAGUGAAGUGGCUACUUGUGGCCAUUUUGUUAUACGGGUACAGGCAAGAGAUUCAGACAGCAUGGACAUCAAUAAUCUUGAGUAUAUCAUCUUGGAAGGGAAUGAACAGAGACACUUUACAAUUGGGACAAAAUCGGGCAUCAUUUCUGUGUCUAAUUCAUGCAAGAAAAUAUUAGAAGACCAUUACCACUUGAAUGUGUCUGUUUCUGACCGGGUUUUCAGGCGAUCUAUUCCAGUCCAAAUUAGAACUUCCAAGACAAAUAAAUACAAGCCCAUGUUUGAUCAAAACAUCUACGAGGUUGAACUUGCUGAAAAUGCAGAGGUGGGAACACACGUGAUUCAACUCCUAGCUGUAGAUCCAGACUCUGGUCCAUAUGGCAACAUCGACUAUACAAUUAUAAAUAAGUUAGCAAGAGAGAAAUUUAGCAUAGAUAACAGUGGUCAUAUUUUAACCUCACAGAAAUUGGAUCGUGAGAAUUCAACAGAAAAGCUCAUUGCCAUUAAAGUAAUGGCAAAAGAUGGAGGUGGCAAGGUGGACUUCUGUACUGUGAAUAUUAUAUUGACUGAUGAAAAUGACAAUGCUCCUCAGUUCCAGGCUGCUGAAUACAAAGUUCACAUCCCUGCCAGCACUCUUAAGGGAGCCCCUAUAGUCCAGAUUGUGGCUGUUGAUGCUGAUGAAGGAAUGAAUGCAGAUGUCACCUACUCUGUUGCCUCCAAUGAUGACAAGAUCGAGGAUAUACUGGAGAUCAAUCCUCUCACUGGAUUUAUCACAAUCAAGGAGAGCUUGGUUGGAUUGGAGAACAAUUCAUUCACUUACUACGUGAAGGCACAGGAUGGGGGUUCUCCACAGCAGGACUCCUGUGUUCCCGUUAUUGUCAAAGUUAUCCCACCUGAACUGUCAAUCCCACGAUUCUCGGAACCACUGUACUCCUUCUCAGCUUCAGAAGAUCUCCCAGCUGGGUCAGAAAUUGGUCUAAUCAAGGCAGAGUCUGACCAACCAGUUAUUUAUAGUCUGGUGAAGGGAAAUACAGAUGAAAGUAACAAGGAUGGAGUGUUUACACUUGAUAAGGACACUGGAACCUUGAAAAUUGGCAAGAAUAUUGACCAUGAAAAAACAAAGUGGUACCAGAUUGAUGUAAUUGCCCAGUGUUUCCAUGGGGAUAUUGAGGUUGCUUCUUCUGUGUCCAUUAAUAUCCAGGUGAAGGAUGUCAAUGAUAAUCAACCCAUUUUUGAGGCAAAUCCGUACAAAGCUUUCAUCCCAGAAAACAUGCCAGCAGGAACCACGGUCAUACAAGUGACUGCCAAUGACCAGGAUACAGGAACCAAUGGACACGUGACCUAUAGCCUUUCCAGUGAAUUUGAUGAUGUUGCGGAUGUUUUUGCCAUUGACGGUGUGAGCGGAUGGCUUACUACACUGAAGGAACUGGACUGUGAAACAAAGAGCAGGUACAAGUUUGCAGUGGUGGCAUUUGAUCAUGGCGGAAGAGUGCAACUGUCCUCAACUGCCAUCGUAGAAGUUGAGGUCAGUGAUGAAAAUGACAAUCCCCCACAAUUCACAAAGAACAUCUACAAGGGUUCACUCAGUGAAGAUAGCAAGCCUGGUGAAGUGGUUGUUGUCCUCAGUAUGACAGAUGCCGAUAUUACAGAAUCCAACAGACAAGCCACCUGCUACAUUACAGAUGGUGACAUCCUGGGCCAAUUUGCUAUUGAAAAAUUCCAAGACCAGUGGCGGGUUUAUGUAAAGGAACCUUUGGACCGAGAGGAGCGAGAGAAAUAUGUUCUAAAUAUCACGGCCACUGAUGGCAAGUUUGUGGCUGAGUCUGUGGUCGAGGUGCUUGUCCGUGAUGUUAAUGACAACAGCCCACACUGUCAACCGCUGAUGUACAAUGAGAUCAUUUCAGAAGGUGCACCUUGGGGGCAGUUCAUCUUGAAAGUUUCUGCAGAUGAUCCAGAUGCUGGCAUCAAUGCUCAGAUUACCUACACUCUGCUUGGGCCGGGCGCAAACAGGUUUCGACUUGACCCACAGACAGGGGAACUGAUGACAGUUGGUACUUUGGACCGUGAGAAUCAAGCUGUGUACAAUCUGGUUGCAAAAGCAUCUGAUGGGAAUGGCCUAUAUUGUGAGGCAGAUAUCAGCAUUGUUUUACAGGAUGUGAAUGACAACCCUCCCAAAUUCUCUGCUUCUCAGUAUGCCGUAUCUGUCUUUGACAACACUACUAUUAAGACCCCUGUGGCAGUUGUCCAUGCCAGGGAUCCUGAUAUUGGUCUCAAUUCAGAGGUCACGUACUCCUUAGUGGAAUCAGCAAAUGACUACUUUUUAAUCGAUGAACUCUCUGGUGUCAUAUACCUGGCAAAGUCGUUACAUAAGGAGCAGCAGAAAACCUUUAACCUUAUUGUUCAAGCCAGAGAUCAUGGUCUUCCACAGAGUCUUUCUUCAUUUGCCACUGUCAUAGUUUCAGUCAUAGGCAUUGAAGAGUUCAUCCCUGUCUUUGUACAAAGGGAGUAUGUUGCCACUGUCCCAGAGGAUGUGAACAAUGGAGCACUGAUACUCAGUGUGUCAGCAUUAACGCGAGAUGCCACUAAUAAUGCACAGAUACUUUACACCAUUAUGAAUGGCAAUGAGCACAGCAAGUUCCGCAUUGAUUCCGAAACAGGAGCCAUGUAUGUGAAUGGGAGCCUGGACUAUGAAUCCUGCCAGGAGUAUUAUCUGUCAAUUGAUGGCAACAGAAAAGGGAAGCCUUUGCUCAGUGACACCACGACGGUAAUCAUCAAUGUCACAGACAUUAACGACAACCCACCCACAUUUGGCCACAACGUACAUGCUGCUGAGGUCAGUGAGGAUGCUCCAGUGGGAGAGCUACUCCUUAAAGUGACAGCUUCUGACAAAGAUGGACCCCUUAACAAUCUGAUCCAUUAUUCAAUAAUAAAUGGAGAUCCCAACCAGCAUUUUACUAUUAACUCAAAGAAUGGGGAGAUUUUGUUAUCACAGCAUCUUGACAGGGAGGAGAUAUCCAGUUACUCCUUGGUGGUCCGAGCUACAGACAAUGGUAUACCUCCACUAUUCAGUGAUACCACUGUAAACCUCCAGGUGACAGAUGUGAAUGACAACCCACCCACAUUUUUUCAAUUCAACUACAGCGUGGUUAUUCAGGAGAAUGAGGCAAUUGGCUCGAGUGUCUUGCAACUGUUGGUGAUAGACAGAGAUUCUGCCUCCAAUGGGCCGCCAUUCCUUUUUACUAUCACUGCUGGCAACGAAGGGAACAAUUUUCACAUCGACCAACAUGGACUGCUGAAAACUCAGGCACGUCUCCAACAGAAAGUGAGAGAUCAAUACAUUCUUCAGGUCCAGGUCACAGACAGUGGUUGGCCACCUUUGUCAUCUUCAUCUUUUAUAAACAUCCGGGUGAUCAAGGAAAGUCGGUACCCACCAUCCGUGCUCCCGUUGAAAGUCUUCAUUGUGACCUCAAGCAGCAAUUUCCCCGGAGGCUUUGUUGGAAAAAUCCAUGCAACAGACCUUGAUCUACAUGACACUCUCACAUACAGCACUGCUCCAGGUUUCCCCCUGAGUAACAUGUUUUCUGUUGGCAGCACUGAUGGCAAAGUGUUGGCACAGCAUGCUUUAGAGACGGGUCACUAUCUGUUUAAUAUCAGUGUCUCUGAUCGAAAAUUCAUCACCACGGUGGAAGCACAAAUACAUGUCAUGCGUGUGACACCAGAUGCACUAGACCAUGCUGUUCUGAUAGAGCUGGCUCAGGUUACUCCAGAAAAGUUCAUCAGUGACCAUUGGUGGAGUUUUCAGAGAUCCCUAGCAAGUCUCCUCCUGGUCAAUAAGAAUGACAUUGAUCUCAUCAGCUUGCAGCCAGCUCAGGGCUCUUCCAACCUGGACGUGCUCCUGGUGGUAAGGAAAUCGGAAGAGUCUUUCUAUGAACCUGGCAUUCUGCAGGAGAAGCUCGUCUCCUCUGCUGUGGAUUUAGAAAGGAAGGACGAAAUUCACAUCGUGAGGGUGGUUCACCACUGUUCCGAUUACUACUGCCACCAACAGCACUGCCAAGGAAACUUUCAACUGGACAUGGGAAAUGUGUUCACGUACACAACCGCCAUUCUGAGCUUCAUUGUUCCCCGGUAUCUACGCCAUCGUACCUGCUCAUGUGAUGAUUCUUCUUUGAGAUUCACUGGUGGCAGUUACUUGAAGUAUCGUUAUCUGAGUGAAGAAGAUCCAAUGAAGACAAAGAUCAACUUCCAAAUGCAAACACUGCAGACAGAGGCAGUGGUGAUGUACAGUCACGGAACUGACUUUAGCCGCCUUGAGAUUAUUAAUGGAAAGCUGGUCUUCACUUAUGCCUGUGAUGGAAAGAAUAAUGUUUUGUCAGUGGACAAUGAACCAGUCAACAAUGGGUUGUGGCACUCUGUUGCGGUUGAGAUAAGCAAGACGUCAGCAAUGCUGGUGCUAGACACUGUGCACAUUGGUUCUGCCAUACUCUCCAAGUCGUGCCGCAGAAAUGCUUUCGUGUUCUUUGGGGGUGAAGUUCUAGAGGACAAUCUAGGACCCAAUAAUGACAGAAAAAUUAUGAGGGAGUUUAAAGGCUGCCUUGGUUCUAUUAAGUUCCAGAGAGGUAACAUGAGUGAAGGGGAAGUGACAAGUGAACCAAAUGUGGUUGUUGAAACAUCUGUCGGAAUCGAAGCCUGUUGCCCCCCUGCUGGAGUGUGUACGGAAGCACCAUGUCAGAAUGGAGGAAUGUGCAUUGAAACUCCAUCUGGAGGAUAUUUUUGCAAGUGUCCAAAGAACAUUCUUGGUGUACACUGUGAACACAUCAACCACCCUUGCCUCUCAAAGCCCUGUUCAAAUGGCGGGUCUUGCAUUCCACAGAAGAGUGGCUACACUUGUAACUGCACAAAGGAGUUUUCAGGACCAAGGUGCAAAGAGGAUUUCAAUGAAUGUCUGAAGCAUCCUUGCAUGAACAAUGGGAGCUGUGAGAACAUUCAUGGUUCCUUUAACUGCACCUGUGUGCCUGGAUACAAUGGCACUUUGUGUGAGAAGCUUGUGUCAGAGCACGUUGUUAUCGCUCCACUGAUCAUCAGCAAGUACGAAAUCAUUGAGAUAGCAGUGGCAGUGCUGGCCGUCUGCAUCUUUGUUGCACUGUUUGUUGUCUUCCGUAAAUUCAAGUGCAAAAAGAAGAAGCAACCCACCCUGAGUGUUCUGGGCAGCAAUGAGCUUUCCAAGAGUGAAACAGCCAAGAACCUUUGCUGUGAUUCCCAUUCAUCAGCACUCAUCCCUCUCAACAUUCUCAAGGGCUCCACUUAUGACCUAAACAAAGAUUCCUACCAAGGAUUCGGAUCGCAGGGACAGCCAGAACUCAACACCUUCACUCCAACCCACAAGGGCAGGCCAACCGUGGUGUGCAGUGUAGCACCGAACCUGCCCCCUCCUCCCUCGUCUAACUCGGAUAAUGAGUCGAUACCAAAAACCACCUGGGAGUGCGAGUAUGAGGUCUAUCAUGGUGAUCCUCCAGUCUGGUCUCCCCAGCACCAGCCCUCAAGAACACAGGAAUACCCACAUUAUGAAGGAAUGGAGGAGAAUCUCCAACAUCCAAUGGGCAACGAACAUUUUGACACAUUUGACGGCUUCCCAUUCCCCCUGGACCACCACCCCAAAUGGAGCAAGCGGGCACCUCUGCCUCCACAGUACAACGAUCAGGGGUUGGAGGACUUUCCCGACGGCAAUCCGAUGCCUUUACUGCCAUCCCGCUGCCAGAACGAAUACACUGCCAUCAGCUACUACCCAGCAGAGCUGCUCAAGGCCCAGGUGCCGGGCAUCCCCCCUCAUCAGGGCUACCAGAAGGUUCACGUCCGUCUCAGUGUGGCCCAGCCGUCCUACGCGGAGUGUGGGCCCAUGCAUGCCCAGGGCAUGACACCCCACCUGGUGGUGCCCACCUGUUAUGAAGACUCUGAUCUAAUGGAGAGUGACUAUGGUAGCUGUGAAGAGGUGAUGUUUUAAUGGGACGACUUCUUCACAAUUCUUAUCAUGCACUAUGACUUUUCAAAGCCAUGGUCUGGAAGGCCACCCUCACAGAUUCAUUGUGGGUACAAGUGGAAUGGGAGUCUCGACAUCCUCUGGACAACAGGGCUAUUUAUUAGUGUUCCAGGCUGACAGGUCCUGUGGCCAUGUGUGUGCACAGCAGCAGAGCAGGCACAGCACUGAGAUGACAUUGGGUGUUAACAUCCCUCCGAAGACUGACAAGAAACUGAGAAAACACAUACCAUAUUGUAACUUUUCACACUGUAAACUUUGCGAGAUUGUGAAAAUUUGGUCUUUUUAGUACUAUGCAAAUAUAACCUCUCCCCAACCACAAAAGUAUUGAAAUAAUAAGAGUGUGGACAAUAUUCUGUAUGCUGUCUGUUUGCUAAUGGAUACUUGCAUCAGGUAUGCUCUUAAUGGUUAUGCACGUCUGAAAAUAACAUGAAAGCCAAUUUAAUACUUGUCAUGUUUGACUGUCACAAUUUGAAUUCAGCAUGUUUUUGUGGGAUUGGGUUGUGAUAAUGUUUAUAAUGUUGCAGAAAGCUCCUUUGUUAUUUUACAUGGGAACUGAUACUGCAAUCACUGACAGUCUUUACUUUGAACACAAUCUUUACUUUAAAUCUACCUGACCAGGAAAUAAACAUUAGUCUUAUCUAUAAAUUGAGAAAGAAAUGAUUCCAUUCCCCAGCAUUCUUUACAUUUCUUCAUGCAAGCAAUUCACAAAAUGAAAAAUUAAUUAUUCAACUUUAGGAAAUUACAGGCAAGCCCCUAUAGCUGUAAAAACAGGCUUCCAACUUAAAGAACAAAGAUGUGAUAAAGCAGAUGUAUUUGUGUCCAAUGUCCAUUUCAAUCAAUUGGCCACUGAACAAGUUAUCGAAAUGUGUGGGAAUGGAUUCUAAGUCGUGGAUGAUAUUCUUAUAAAAGGAAAGAAUCAUAUUUACAUAAAGAAUUUAUCACUGAGGAGUAGUUCAGGGAAAUACAGGCAUAUUUCUGCAUGUCAGAGCUGGUGAGAGUAGGUAACAGUGUGAACCUCAGUCACAAACAGAACGAGCUUCAAAUGAGUUUGCUGAAGGAAAAGAAGUUCCCCACAAAAGGGUAAAGUUAUCCAAAAUCUAAUAAUAUUCUAAUAUGCAAAAUACUUUUUAAAAAAAGCAGUGCCUUCUCCUCUGCCCGAGGGAGAGCAACAUCUGCGCAUUCCUAGAUACUUGAUAAUUCAGCAUUUCUCUCAGCCUUGGAUGAGUACCUUGCUGCUGGCUUGAAGCACUGUAGGCAAGGACUCAACCCUGGCCCUUAGUAAUAUAAACUCUGGCUUAUUUAGUAGAUUUGUCACUUUAGAAGCAGAAUGUUCUUGGUUCACAUCCCACCUCAAGGACUUGAGUACAAACAUUUAGGUUGACUUAGAUGAGACAAGGUCCUGUCUGUUUUCUCUCCUGUGGACAAAAAGAUAGCCACACCACUAUUUUGAAGAAAAGCGGAAGGGGCAUUUUCCCUAGUGUCUUGACCAAUACUCAUCCCUUACUCAGCAUUACUAAACAGCGGAUUAUUUGGUUGUUAUCAAUUUCUGUUGUGGAAGCACCUUUUAUACAAUUGGCUGCCAUAUUUCCUUCUUUUCACAGUGACUAGACUUCUUAGCUGGAAGUUAUUAGGGAUAUCCUGAAAGGCAUUACGUAAAAGCAAGCUUUUCUUUCUUUCAAUAAUAUGCUUCUUGACCUGACUUGAAUUGUAUUUUAUUGGAGGAAAGUGGUUGCACUAUCUACAUACUCAAAGAAUUAUUGGUCAGAACUUGAUGUAUCAAAAUAAAACUUUCUCUUGAAUCCAAAUUGAUGCAGAAACAUUCAGUUAAUAUUAUCUUGGGUUUCACUUUCAACAACUGGCAUCUUAAGUUUUAUUGUACAUUGAACCAAGACUUAUUUUAUGUAAUACACUCCUACAAUUAGUAAUGAUGUACAAUAGUAUACACUAUCAAAUACCUGGACCUAUAUGACAUGCUAGAAUCACUUAUAGUCAUUACCCUCCAUUCCAUUCAAACCAUUGGCCUCAAUUAGGCUUUGAAUGUAAAGCAGUCUCUCUUUUUAAUAUGGCUUUCUGCCUGAAGACUGACAUAUAAAAUUGGCUAUUGUGUUUGAAGACCACAGCCUGGAGACUGCCUUUCAUGGUCAUAUAUUUUAUGGAGGGGAGGGGGAACUUUAACAGAAUUCUGUGUCUGCAAGGGUUCAUAACAAAUUGUGCUACACCAAUGUGAGUCUUGUGUCCGAUGGUGAUGCAAACUGAUCAACUUCCCAGAAUGACCCACGUUGGUGGCCAAGGUAAACAUUACAGUGAUAUAGUGACACUCAUUGUACAGUGAUUUUAAAACUGGAGAUAGAAGUUGUAGCACAUCUCCAUUCUCACUGGUAUAGGUGUGCUAACAUGUGUUAUCUCAACCAUUUUAGUAAAAUGUGAGUAUAUAGCCCAGAAAUUCAUCCCAAUCAGGAGUGUUAAGUAUACUGUAUAAUCAUAACAGUGUGUUGUACCAUGUCUCCAAAAUCCAGCAAAGGACAACACACUGAUGCCACUAUCUAGCAUAUUUGGCACCAUGAAUUUCUAGGCAUGUUUUAUUUGUGUGGCCAGUGUGUAAUAUAUUGUUUCUCUGUAUGUUUGUACAGAAAGUGUUUUCCUUUUAAUUUUGUAAUAAAUUCAAUAAAACGUGGUUUUAUUUUGA